CAGGAGCGCCGUUUGCUGGCACUUCAUGCAAAAUGGAGAAGCAGUUAACAGGCACGCUCGCUCUGGCGGUGUUCACAGCUGCUCUCGGCUCUCUGCAGAUGGGAUACAGCUUGGGCGUCAUCAAUGCCCCACAGAAGGUCAUUGAGCGGCACUACGCAAGAUCUCUCGGUGUCUAUAAUGAAGAUCUGGCCCGUAGUGAAGGGGGAAAUGGCACAGAGCAUGAAAAGCCCACCGAUCCAUCAGUUGUCAUGUACUGGUCUUUAUCCGUCGCCAUCUUCUCUGUCGGAGGCAUGUUGUCCUCCUUUCUAGUGAGCUUUGUUGGCGACUUCCGUGGAAGGAUCAAAGGCAUGCUGGCUAUAAAUGUCCUGGCCAUAACAGCAGGACUACUCAUGGGCCUGGCUAAGAUGGGCACACCUCACCUCAUGGUGAUAGCGGGACGUGCUAUAAUGGGAUUGUACUGUGGUCUGUCAUCUGGCCUGGUGCCGCUCUACAUUGGAGAGAUUUCUCCAGUGAAGUACAGAGGGGCUAUGGGAGCGCUCCACCAGCUGGCUAUUGUCAUUGGCAUCCUUAUUAGUCAAGUCAUUGGUCUGGAUUUCCUGCUGGGAAAUGAUUACAUGUGGCAUAUAUUGCUGGGUCUUUCUGGAGCUCCUGCCAUCCUGCAGAGUCUGCUACUGCUGGUGUGUCCAGAGAGCCCUCGAUAUCUCUACAUUAAACAAGGAAAAGUGGAAGACGCCUGCAAGAGUCUGAAGCGGCUAAAGGGAGAUUAUGACACCUCUAAGGACAUUGCCGAAAUGAAGGCAGAAAAGGAGGAGGCCAUGAAAGAAGCCAAAAUGUCCAUCUUGAGACUGCUUCGCUCCUCUGUGUACCGCCAGCAGCUCUUUGUGGCCCUCAUGAUGCAUUUCUCUCAGCAGUUCUCUGGGAUCAAUGCGAUCUUUUAUUACUCGACUUCAAUCUUUCAGACGGCGGGGGUCGGUCAGCCUGUGUAUGCCACUAUCGGAGUGGGAGUUGUAAACAUCAUUUUCACCCUUGUGUCGGUGUUGAUGGUGGACAGAGCGGGCAGAAGAACCCUCACUCUGGUCGGGUUGGGAGGAAUGUGCUGCUGUGCUGUGGCCAUGACCGUGGGACUCGCAUUUCAAGGCGCUUACUCGUGGAUGAGUUACGUCAGCAUGGUGGCCAUAUUCAUGUUCGUGUCCUUCUUUGAGAUCGGACCUGGACCAAUCCCAUGGUUUAUUGUGGCGGAGAUCUUCAGCCAAGGGCCACGUCCAGCAGCUAUUGCAUUAGCUGGGUUUUGCAACUGGACAUGCAAUUUCAUUGUUGGCAUGUUUUUCCCUUAUUUAGUGAGUCUCUGUGGAAGCUAUGUCUUCAUCGUUUUUGCCGUACUCCUGUUCGGUUUCACCCUUUUUAUCUACUUCCGUGUACCUGAAACAAAAGGGAAGACUUUUGAGGAGAUAGCAGCUGUUUUCCACCGAAAACAUGGAGGAGUUCCCCCUUCCAAACCUCAAGAAGAGGCUGAGAUGGUGCAGCUCAAGGGAUCCUCGGAGGCCUGAUGAGGACUGUCAUUUUAUGAAAAAACUAAGAAACAAACCAAAAACAUUGUUACUGCUAUCACAGAGCCCAGGUGUUAUGACAGAACUGGUCUGCUGUAUAUUUCACAGAGAGCUGACAUGAAAUCAUUGGUCUAAAAGCACGAAAAGAGAUUAACUAAACACAACAGGAUAAUUGUGGAAGAUGGUGCACAGUAUAUCGUCAUGCACUGACAUUGGUGCAGCUGAAGUUGAAUUUAUAGAUGAUUAAGUGUUAUUUUUAUAUUCCUUAAGCUGUUUAUCUUAAAGAUAUUUUAAAUACAUCGCAGUGUAAAAUGAUUCACGUGAUAUUGAUGGUGACUAAUUUAAUGUAAUUUAUUCUUUUAAUUCAAUACUAUUUUGUGUCACAUACAGUUGAAGUCAAAAUAAUUAUCCCCCCUAUUUAUUUUUCCCCAAUUUCUGUUUAACGGUGAGCAGAUUUUUUUUCAACACAUUCAUAAACAUAAUAGUUUUAAUUACUCAUUUCUAAUAACUGAUUUAUUUUAUAUUUGCCAUGUAGACAGUAAAUAAUAUUUUACUAGAUAUUUUUACUAGACACUUCCGUACAGCUUCAAGUGACAUUAAAAGGCUUAACUAGGUUAAUUAGGUUAACUAGGCAGGCUACGGUAAUUAGGCAAGUUAUUGUAUAACGAUUUGUUCUGUAGACCAUCAAAAAAAUAUAGCUUAAAGGGGCUAUUAAAAUUUACCUUAAAAUGUUUUUUUUUUUUUUUUUUAAACUGCUUUUAUUGUAGCCAAAAUAAAACAUAUAAGACUUUCUCUAGAAGAAAAGAAUGAUCAGACAUACUGUGAAAAUUUCCUCGCUCUCAUUUUGGAAAUAUUUAAAAACCAAAAAAAUGUGUAAAAAUUAAUGGGGGCUAAUAAUUCUAUUUUUAACUGUAUAUGACACAAACGAAGAUUAUACAAAAUUUAUACAUUAAAUAUUCCAUGUGAGUGAUAUGAUACUUGAAAUUAACUAUUGAAGUGCUGUAACAGCUGAAGUAAAUUAUUCUAAUUAUUCAACUACCUAAGCUAGAUAUCUAAAAAAAUAAUCUGAAGACGAUUUGAAAAUAUUUUUUGUACAUUUGAUGCUAUUGAAAUUCUUGAAGUGUUAUAUUUAAUACAUAUAGAAUAAAUAAAUAAAAAUUGAAAA